AUGGACUUCCAGACCGAAAUCGGGCUUGGCUACGCGUUUGUGAAUCUGCUUACGGAGGGGCACACGCAGCGCUUCAUCCUCGACUUUCAUGGUUUCGACGAAUGGCCAUUCCCGUCUGCAAAGGUGUGUUCCGUGGAGCUUGCUCGGACACAGGGCCUGAUCACGAAUGUCGAGCGGUAUCGGAACAGCCCUGUCAUGAACCCAGAGGUACCCGACAUCUUCAGACCAGUGCUCUUCGACGGGAAGAAGCGCGUACCCUUUCCAGAGCCUACCAGGGACUUGUCCAGCUGCGGUUCUCCGUGGCGUAGUCGCCACAGUGUGUAUUGA